GCGAGACUUAUGAGACGGACAAUGGAUUGGUAUUCGUGAAGAAGAACUCGUCGGCCGACGGAUUAGUGAUGUUUUUGGGUGAAUACGAGUCGAUGAAAGCCAUAGAAGCGACCAAAACAGUGAGAGUUCCCAAACCAUUAUGUGUUGUGCCGGAAGUGAAGGGAUCGGGAGGUGCUAUAUUGGAGACGAAGAAGUGGAAACUGGUGUCAACUGAUUCCAGCGGUUGUAUCAGUAAAGGCGAGACUUAUGAGACGGACAAUGGAUUGGUAUUCGUGAAGAAGAACUCGUCGGCCGACGGAUUAGUGAUGUUUUUGGGUGAAUACGAGUCUAUGAAAGCCAUAGACGCGACCAAAACAGUGAGAGUUCCCAAACCAUUAUGUGUUGUGCCGGAAGUGAAGGGACCGGGAGGUGCUAUAGUGAUGGAGCACUUGUCGAUGUCUCCACUCAGACAACACUCCGGAAGGUUAGGCGAACUUUUAGCUCAAAUGCAUUCACAUAACGAAAUUGCGACCAAAAAGAAGCGAAAGAAGGAGUCGUGGGUCGGAAAGAGCGAUGAUAUAGAGUGUGUCGAGCGGUUUGGCUUUCAUGUGAGCACUUGUUGCGGAAUUAUUGCCCAAAACAACGACUGGGAAGACAAUUGGAUUGAAUUCUUUGCCAGAAAUAAACUGAAAGAACAAAUAGAUUUGGUUGAGAAGAAUGAGGGAAACAGAGAACUCAUUGAAAUGUGGUCUGAAUUGCAGCUCAAAAUUGAUAAAUACUUUACUGAUAUAAAGGAUAAGAUAUAUCCGGCGCUUCUUCACGGAGACCUCUGGUCUGGCAAUGCGUCGGAAACAGCGGAAGAGCCGGUGGUCUACGAUUCCUCUGCCUUUUACGGCCACUCGGAGUUUGAUUUAUCCAUCGGUCAUAUGUUUGGGGGCUUUAAUCGUGCGUUUUAUGAGUGCUAUCACAACAAAUUGCCAAAGUCUUCGGGAUAUGACAGACGCGAUAGUUUGUAUCAAUUGUUUCAUCACUUAAACCAUUGGAACCAUUUUGGGGGUCAAUACAAACGACAAUCUCUUUCACUGAUGCGUCGAUGCCUUCAAUCAAUUCAAUCAAAAUAACUGUUUUUUUCUGAAUUUUGAAUAAAACGAGACGACAUUUAACACAUGACGUGAUAAUCCGUUUAUCUCUUCUUUCGACUCAAUUUUUGUGCAGAAAUUCCUCGAAGAAGUAAUUCAUUUUCAAACUCCAGAUCUCGUCG